UCUCGUUCUUGACUUUUUCGUUGUGUUGGCCACUACACAUACUGUACAGCUCUCUCUAUCUCUCUGUAACUUCACCUCUACCAAGCUUUCUAUACAGUACAGUAACGAAGACAAUGGCUGUAAAUCCACAAGCUUUCGAGCAGUUCACUCUGAGACAAGUUCGCAUCACUGAGAAUGAGUUUGGACAUGGUUCCUAUGCUGUUGUCAUGGAGCUAGAGUAUCGAGGACUGAAAUGUGCCGGCAAGAAGCUUUACCGAGUUCUCUACGAGACUGGAAUCGGGCAUGCAGCACGAAGGUAUCUGGAGGAGUGUCACCUGCUCAGUCAAACUAGACACCCCAACAUUGUCCAGUUUCUGGGAGUCUGUUUUGAGGAAGGCUCUCAGUUCCCCAUCCUAGUCAUGGAGUUUCUCCCCACCAACUUGACCAACUGUCUCGAGCGCUACGGUAUUCUCCCCGAUGAGAUCAACUUCUCCAUCCUCCACGACGUCUCACUGGGCCUGGUCUACCUCCAUGGCCAAACACCAGUCAUUGUGCACAGAGACCUCUCAGCCAACAAUGUCCUCUUGUCCACCAACAUGACGGCCAAGAUAUCCGAUCUAGGGGUUGCUCGAAUAUUGAACCUGACCCCUCUUCAAGUAAGUCGAAUGACAGAGACCCCUGGCACCCCAGCGUACAUGCCCCCCGAAGUGAUGAUUGCCGACCCCCACUACGACACCAGUGUGGAUGUGUUCUCCUUUGGGAUCAUGAUGAUUCACACCUUCACAUCAGAGUGGCCACUACCAAAGAUUGGCCAGACACGAAUCGAUCCUGCUAAUCCUGACAGACUGAUACCAGUAACGGAAGCUGAACGACGUGAACAUUUUCUUCGAAAGAUUUCCCCAAACCACCCUCUGAUGGACCUCAUCAUGCGCUGUCUCAGCAACAACCCUCAGCGAAGGCCUAGAGCAGCGGAGAUAGUGGGUCGGAUGGUGGGUGUGGUACUUGAACACCCUCCCUCCUUUGAGAACAGAGUGGAGAUGCUCCAGCGAGUGAGUGCCCUACUGACAGAGAAGAGGGAGCUUGAGGAGGAGGUUGUGAGGAAGGACUCGGCAAUCCAGGAGAAAGCAGAAGAGAUCAAGGCACUGGCGGAGGAGAAAAAACGACAAGAGGAAGAAAAUGAAAAUAGUAUCGAGCGUAUGCAGUUGGUGCACUCUGUGGAAACUGAUCAGCUCAAAAUCGAAAAUGACAACCAUGUAACUGAACAUAGUGUAGAGAUAGAGGAUCUCAGAGUUGAAUUGGAGCUCAAAGAAUCAUUGGCUGCCACAAAAGAUGCACUGGUGAAUUCUAAAGAUACUACCAUCGCUAGGUUAGAAACUCGAUGUAAGCAACUCACUGAAGAGGUGGAGCAACAAAUUGCCAUCACUCACAACGAGCUUGUAUCUAAAGCUACGAAAAUAGCUCAACUGGAAACAGAUGUCACCAAUCUCACUGCACAAGUGGAACAAGAGCAAAGAGUUAUUGCUGACAAAGAUUUGACCAUUGCUGAUAAAGUAUCAACUAUUUUUUCCAAAGAUUCGAUGCUUGCCUCCAAGGACACAUCCCUUCAGAAGAAGGAAACCACCAUUCAGAGUUUAAACAACCAACUCACCAAAACCAAGGACUACCUGACCAGCAAACCACAGUCCCUACAGGUUCAGUUGUCCUACAGUCAGUGCUCUGAGGCUCCAGUGAAGAUGGCUGGUGGGCAAGCGGUAACUAUCAAUGGCAAGGUCUACUAUGGUGGAGGACUCUGUGAUGACGAUGAUGACGAGUACUGUGUCCACUGUUACGAUCCGCCACAAGACGUGUGGUCAAAUCUGCCCAGACUUCCUGUACGCUAUUUUGGUCUAGGAGAGGUCAAAGGUGAACUGGUAACAGUUGGCGGUGUGGAUUCAUCCAGCUCUGCAUCCAACGUGGUACAUGAGUUUAAUGAAGGAAGGAACUGGAAACGGACGAUCCCACCCAUGCCCACAGCGAGGAGUUCACCAGCAGUCGUUAGUCUCCCAACACAUCUGGUCGUAGCAGGAGGUGUGUUGGACUAUGGUCCCUACACUGAUAAUGUUGAGAUCUACAACAUCAGCACCUCCCAGUGGAGCGAGACAGAUAGACUACCGUAUGCUUGUAAUGACCAAAGAGGAAUUGUCUACAACAACACAGUGUACCUAAUGGGGGGAUAUGACGGCGAGAAUCAAAACAAGGUGUGUGCUGCUCAAGUCGACAAGCUCAUCUCAGCAGACCGACAGGAUGAUGGGAGUGCCAACAAAGCCGACUCUGUCUGGAAUACAAUAUCCAACACACCGUCUUACCGGCCCUCCCCUGUAACGAUAUCCGACACCCUCUUUGCUGUUGGUGGACUGGAUAGUGGUAAAGCCACUCAAAGGAUCUACGCCUACUCAUCCUCGAUGGACUCCUGGCUCUACGUUGGUGAUCCACCAUCUCCUAUAGCAUACGCUGCCACUGUGUCACUGUCUCCAACAGAGUGCCUUAUGAUUGGGGGACUGAAUAAUGGGAAAACACAAUCUACCGUGUAUAAAAUUAGUAUCGCAGCAACUAUUUUUUGAGUGUUUAGGUAUAAUUAUUAAAAAAAAAUAAGUUCUUAAGAUUAUUCAUAUUCUGUGAUGAAUUGGCAUGAACAGAAGCAUGUUAGUAAGCACGAAUUGAACAAGCAUGUGCUUAUAGUAAUUAUGAUUGUAUUCAAUAUUAAUCGGAUAGGCUUCAGUAGAUUGCAAAUUAAAAUCAUUACCAAUUGAACUACAUGAGAAUUGUACUUGCGUACUGAUGGACAACAAUUAAUUUUGUCACAUAAUUAUUGCUCGUAUUAUAACGACAGCACAAAACAUGACCAA